ACAACAACCGUAACAAUGAACAACUUCGGCGUAAUAGAACUAGCAAGCACAAAAACAACCAACGCCCCAGGAUGGGCCUACGUCCCCGACACAGGACCCCACCCAUCCACCCAAAUCCAACCCGGGAACCGCAAACGAGCCGCGCGCAACGCGAACCAAGCUAGUACAUCCGCGCUGUACGCCGACGCCGACGCGCGACAAGAAGCAAAGUUACGCCGGGAGAUCGAAGCGUUGGAUCGGGAUAAUUAUCAUAGGGAUGCGAGUGGGAUACCGAUACCGGCGGCGGUUAGGAGUGGGAAUAAGGCGGUUAGGAAACAUACUCCGAAUGUGAGGAGGAUAUUGCAGAGCCAGAAGACGUUUGCGAAUCAUUUGGAUGAUUUUGAGGCGCUUGGUGCGCAGGGGGGAGCUACUACUACCACUGGUGGAGGUGGUGCGGCUGCGGGUGCUAGUGCGGCGGCGGGAGGUAGUUCGAGACGAGGAACGAUAGUAGAGAAACAGACGCAGCAGAAAGGAAACAAAAAGGCGGCGAAAUCUACGUCUCGCUCAGCGUCUAUAUCGAAAGCUACGCCUGUAAAACAAGAAGACGAUAUCGAAAUGCUCGACGCGCCACCGUCCGACCAAGACCAAGAGGAUAACCCAUCUACCCUCCUAACGCCCUACUCCCGCCCGGGAUACCCACCCGAACACCCACUCGACGGCGACCCAUUACUUGAAUCCCGCGUACCUCCCCUACCGACAGAUGCAGAGUUAAAAGCCCUGUUAGCUGCUCCGCCGUUGAAUUAUACCGAGGCGAGGGGACGCUGGACACUGGAGGAUGAGGGUAUGGGGAGUAAGAGAUACCCCGCGCGAGUAUUCUGCGAAGUAUGCGGAUACUGGGGACGCGUGCGGUGUAUGAAGUGUGGCAUUCGUGUGUGCGCGUUAGAUUGUUUGGAAACGCAUCGCGAAGAGUGUGUUACGCGGUAUGGGCUGUGAGCUUUGGGUCAGUAUAUGGAGUUAAGAAGAGACUACCCGGAGUCCUAGAAGUGGAAAAGAUAGGGACAAGAGAUGAUAUAAGAGCCAAGUCCCUGAGUGGUAAUGAUCGUAUCGAAAUGCAUCGGAGUACUACGGAGUAUGGAAAAAGGAAAAGCAUUUGUCAACAAGAUACCCAAUUCACAAGUCACAAUAAAGAGAGGAGAAAAGGAAAUAUGCUCAAAACGGCCAACAGUUUGAAAAUAUACAGAUUUUGAUAUGUUUUGGUUAUCUCUAUUCCAGUUCAGCUGGAAUAAUCGUCAAUGUUUUGUUAUACAAGUCUUUCGACAAAAUGCAGAGCAGCAACAUGCCGCUUAAGAAGGAUAUCGUCUCGAACCCAUUGAACGCCCCGGGGCCUCUGAAGUCCGUUCCCGCCAAGGUAUCUAGGACCCUUAUACACACGCCGAAAUUGGGUUUUCGUCGGA